AUGAAUUCAAAAGAUGUUGUGAGAAAAAAUCUGAAGGAGAUCCAUGGCUACCCCAUGGUGUAUGCUUUUGCUCACAACUGGGAGAAGGUUGAGCAGUUCCAAAGCAGGCCAGAUGACAUUGUAAUAUCCACCUAUCCUAAAUCAGGUACCACUUGGCUUAGUGAAAUUGCAGAUCUGGUUCUAAAUGAUGGUGAUGUUGAAAAAUGUAAGCGAGAUGUUAUUACUGCUAAAGUUCCAAUGUUGGAAAUGAGUUUUCCUGGAUUGCCAGUAUCAGCUUUAGAGCAAUUAGAGAGCAACCCUCCACCUCGGCUUGUGAAGACACACCUGCCAACUGAUCUUCUUCCUAAAUCUUUCUGGGAGAAGAAGUGCAAGAUGAUGUAUAUGGCUCGAAAUGCCAAGGAUGUUGCUAUCUCAUAUUACCACUUUGAUUUAAUGAAUCAUUUACAUCCUGAUCCUGGCACCUGGAAAGAAUAUUUGGAGAAAUUCUUAACGGGAAAUGUGCCCUAUGGUUCUUGGUUUAACCAUGUCAAAAAGUGGUGGAAGAGAAAAGAAGAACACCCAAUACUUUUCUUGUUCUAUGAAGACAUGAAACAGAAUCCAAAGGAAGAAAUCAGGAAGAUUGCUAGAUUUUUAGACAAGAACUUAAAUGAUGAUAUCAUUGACAAGAUAAUUCACCACACCUCUUUUGAAAUGAUGAAGAACAACCCUCUGGUGAAUUACACACAUUUGCCAAGUACGGUGAUGGAUCACAGCAAAUCCCCUUUCAUGCGCAAAGGAAUUAUUGGUGACUGGAAAAAUUACUUCACAGUGGCCCAAAAUGAGAAAUUUGAUGCCAUUUAUAAGAAGGAAAUGGCUGAAACUAUACUUCAGUUCUGCACAGAGAUUUAA